AUGAACAACCAUGCCAAUGCUAACGGGGGAUUCGGGAAUCAGAAUGGAGAUGGAAAUCAGACAACUGCUCCAACAUGCUCCAAGGGCCCUGGACGUGACAUUUACGAUGCCAAGAAGACAACUGCACUGACCUUGUUGAAGGAGUUGAUGUAUGUUACAUGGGCUGCCGCGCGAAUUCGCGUGUGCCAACAAGUCUAUGAACCCACCUUACCACUCCCUCCGUAUCCGCUGCCGCCAGUCUGGGAAGACAAGAUGCGCGCGAUGAUGGUGCUAUGGAUUGCAAGGGAACGCCGAAUGUUCGAAAUGGAGAUGCAGGAGCUUGAAUAUCUCCUGGGACUCAGACGUGUGCGUUAG